AUGGACCAGCGACGGGCGCCACGCACCAGCUGGUCCCUCAAAGAGACGAAAUACGGCAAGCCGUAUAUUGACCAUGGAAAUGACCAGAAAACUAUCGGAUACAACAUUACCCAUUCGCACAAUAUUGUUGGGAUGGCAUGUGCAAUAGGGCCCAAGCACAAAGUAUGGAACAUUGAUUGCUCUAUCUUGCUUGCUACAUACUUGACUGACAAUAAUGUACCGCAGCUCACACCCCUCGAAUUAUCAUUCCUAGACCCUACUCUCCCCGACGAAGUGAAACUCCGAAGGCUGUACAUCCUAUGGACGCUUAAAGAAUCCUAUACAAAGGCGCUCGGCCAACCUAUCGGCUUUGACUUUUCCCGAAUCGAAUGCGACAUUCCGCAUCGCCAGAUACGAGUCGACGGCGAACCCUUGCUCGGAUGGGAGUUCCGCCUGUUCCGAGCUAAUACGGGCGUAUUACGAAAGGGUACGUUGGUCGAGGAAAGCUAUCAAUGUACGACCGCAAUUUACCGGGGUGGGAACACAACCAAGUUACUGUGGGAGCAUGAAGAUGGCGUCGGAGAGGGCGACAAAUGGUUGCGGUUCGCGAGGCAAAACCAAAAUGCGCUUCUUACCGAACUUCUUGGCUUUGUUCCGCAACUACUGCUAGAUGAUAUUGCGGACGCUGCAACCGAUACAGUCAACAAUGCCAUCGACGGGCUGGAAGAUGAGCUGGAUGCUGAAAUCGACUCGGGUCUCUUGGAAUUUCAGACGCUCCUAUGCGGGCAUAGAGACAUGAGUAUUGACAUGCUCGAAACCUGGAGUAUGCGCAACGUCUUUUGUGUACCAGAAGGCUUGAACAUUGUCAUGCCCCACCAAAAGGGACUAGAUUUGAGCACGCCUCAGGGGAAGGAUGUGCAGAUGCAGGUUGAAUUGGAUGUAAUGAGGCGAAAGAUCGAGAAUGCACGCAGGUUCCAGGAGCAACUGAAGCAAGCGGAACAAGUGACAGAACAUCGACUUGAACGAUCCAAGGCUCGCCUCGACCGUGUGAAGACACUGCAAGAACUAGAUCCUAAGAAAAUCGAACAUCUUCCUGCCGCCUACCGCUCCCUUCUUACAACAAUCUCGUCGCUCCCUACCACAACCCCACCACUCCCUAUGUCGAUUAGUUCUACGAAAAAACACACGGAAUCCCGCGCCGAAUUCAUCGACUGGGCAGUCAAACGCCUCGUCACGUCUACCACGGCUGGGCCAUCAGGCAAACUUGAUUUGCUUGCUCAGAACGUCAGGCAAGACGAGGAGGGUGACGACGAAUUCAUGCUUGCCGGGGUUGCAGGCGAACGUGGACCUGGGGAAUCAUUGGCCUCCCACGAAGCCUCGUUGGUCGAUUCUGAAGAAUCGAGCGUGCUGAAUACCUCCAAGAGGCGAAGGAGUAGCGUUGCCGGAGGGUCUAAGCGUAGAAGGAGCUCUAUGGGAUUGUCGGAGAGGGCGAGGGCCAUUGGUGGGGAACUAUCGACAGAGACGCGACAGGACGAAGCGGAGUAG